UUCCAGAGUUAACUUUGAAUGUCCUAUUAUUGGCCAAACAUAUAAUGUAGAUUAAAAAAAAAAAUGUUUUUAUACAUUGAAUGUGUUCGGCACAAUAGCUGGAUAAGUAUAACCCCUUGCCAGAAAUACUCCUAUUCAUACGUUGUUUUAUGUGCAUUUGGUAACCAUGAUGGUUGCUAUGGUCUUUUUGGUACGAGGGAACACCUAGAGAGGAAUGUGUGAAAUAUAACGCCUAUGUUUCUAACUCUAAAACGAUGAUUUAAAAUAUAACCAAGUCAUUCGUGUAAUCUAAAAUUGUUUUAUUUUUUAUCAUUAUUACUAGAAUAAUUAUUUAAAACCUUGUUAUCCAACGCAUGAUCGCCAAGAAUGGACAAAGGGAUCAUUAGGACUACACUUCCCAGGAUACGUGAUGCAUGGUCUGUUUGUGAUGUCACAAUGAGUAUAUAUGGCUACACCGUGGCGUUCUUCAUUCUAUUGUUACAUUGUAACAAACCGGGGCAGAGGCGAGGAAAAGGAGGACGUCAAUCGGAUAAAAUUCUGUAACAUUUUGACAUUUCUGUACCAAAUAAGGCGAAGAAAAACGACGUUGGGCCGAUUGAAACCGCUCUUGAAAAGAAAGGAUAAACGAAUACAGAUGUCAGCGGAUGCUCUUCCAAUGCAAGCAUUCAAAGGCUCAAACCUGGAAGAUAAGGCAUCCGGCAGUUAUCUCCCAUUUUUUUACAACUUAGCAGAAAAUAAUGUCAAUAGCCUAAUAAAUGUUAACUAAACUUGACGUCCUUCUUUCCCACCGUCUGCCCCGGCUAUACAGGAUUGCUACGUCAAAGUUAAAUGGAACCUACUCCUGGAAGCGACCAUAAAUACAUUUCCUUUAUGUAGUCCAAUAUCUGCUUGAAGCCGGUGUAGCCUACAAAUGCAGAAAUAAGCAUUCAUACUGAACAAAUUAACAGUUGCACUUAAAAACAAUCGUUAGCCUAACAUUACAUCUCGAAAGAAAGAAGCUAAAACUGCCAGGGAAAAGUAUUUGGAAAAAAUCUAAAAUAGGGCGUUACAAGAUCCAUGAACAAUCCUCCGUGAAUAAAAGGAACGCUCAGCAGUUGAUCGGGAGAAGAGGAUACUUUUUCUGCUUAAGACGCCAAGUUUCCAUGGAGGCAGUUUCAUCUCUCAGCCUCAAGCGAAGAUUCGAGGAGGUGGACAGUGGCUCUCCCUACUCUACGCCCAAGGACUCAGACGAUGAUAUCUCCAGCAGUGACAGCGCUGACAGCUGUGAUAGCCUCAACCCCCCCUCCAGUACUGCACUCAUACCAACCUCCAUCCUAAGACGUCACAAGCCCUCUCCAGGCCGGAAGCGGGUGCGGUUUGAUGUGGUGACGGUGUACUACUUCCCCAGGCAGCAGGGCUUCACCAGCGUGCCCAGCCAGGGAGGCAGUUCCCUGGGCAUGGCUCGCCACCACUGCUCCAUCCGAAGCUACACCCUGGGAGAGUUUGCCUGCGAGCAGGAGACCAGUCACCGCCACGCCCUGCGCCAACACCUCCGCCAGGAGAAGCUCAACGCUCGCAAGAUGAAGCUGACACGUAAUGGUACGGUGGAGUGUGCCCAGGCUGACCUGUUGACCCUCGACAAUGUAUCAGACGAUGACCUUGACGUGGAGGGGGUGGAGGUGGAUGACUGCUUCUUCCUGCAGCCACUGCCCACAAAACGGCGCCGCGCUCUCCUCAGGGCUUCUGGUAAUGCCCGCAUAGAUGCCCGGGAGAAGGCUGAGCUACGGACCAUCAGGCUAUCUAGGGAGGAGUGUGGCUGUGACUGCCGUUUCUACUGUGACCCCCGCCACUGUGGCUGCAGCCAGGCUGGCAUCAAGUGCCAGGUGGACAGGAUGUCUUUCCCCUGUGGCUGCUCUCGGGACGGCUGUAGGAACUCGGUGGGCCGCAUCGAAUUCAAUCCUCUGCGCGUGCGAACACACUACUUGCACACCAUCAUGAAGCUGGACCUGGAGAAGAGGAGGCUGCUGGGGCAGCGGUCGGGUGUUGGGGAGCAGUAUGAAGAGUCUGACCUGCUCUCCUUCCACUCCUCCACCAGGCCUCCCUCCCCAGACCCUGACCUGUCCACAGGGGCCCAUGGCCUGGACUCUGAGUUAGAGACAGAGGAGAGAGAGGUCCAGAUGGUCCUAGAGGCUCAGGACCUCCUGACUGAGCAGGCCUGCCUGGAGCGGGAGAACGAGAUCGCCGUGCUCCACCUGCAAAGUGCCGAGGAGCAGGAGAGGAUGAGGGAGGAAGAGGAAGAGGAGGAGGCGCAGAGGGGCAGGGGGGGAGCAGGUAGCCUGGGGGAGCAGGCUCUGUGCCUCCUGCCUGGGGCCCUGCAGGGGGAGCUGUCUGGGGAGCCUGGGGUAGGGGUUGGGGUGGAGGGGGUCCCUAUCUCCCUCCUCCAGGGCCCAUUCCCCACUGGGGCUACCCUGCUCUGCAUCACAGAGAACCAGGAGGGAAAUUGGGAGGGGGAAGGGGACAACCCUCGUGGUGGCCUCAAAGACCCGGCCUCCUCCCUGCUAUACUACCAGUUAGGUCCCAUGGAGAAAGAGCCGUUUGAGGAGUCUCAGCCUGUGGAGGAGGAGGAGUGUGUAGGUAAAGAACCAGGGGGAGGAGAGGAGCAAGAAAGGGUGGAGCAUAGAGGUAUUACCUGCGGGCAGGAUGAGGGCGAGUUUUCGCCUCCGGUGGCUCUGUGCACAGAGAAUGGCGUGGGGGCUAAGGAGGUACCAUUCAGCCCCCAGCAGAGUUCCUCAGAAGGGCAGUGUCAGGAAGUGGCCUGUCUGGCCACAGGAGAUAUGUACCCACCACUGCCCCCCGAGGUUUAGUACGAGCACCUCUGCAGAUGUUUUGCACAAUAGCUUUAUUUUGAGCUGAAUAAAGCCUGCACCUCAUGGAUAGACAGUGUAGUUAUCAAAAAUGAGUAUGAUGUUACAGGUUAGAAUUCAUAAUAAUAACCAUCAUUACUACGAUAAUCGAUUUGACAAAAAUUUGCAGUUCCAUUAAAAACUAAAGUAAAGGAGGGAAAGUCAUCCUGAAAGCACACACAGAUCUUUCCCUGCAGCAGUACUGUCGUUUCAGUUAUAUGUCAAUGAAAUGCUCUUAUUUUAAAGGGGUGGAGAUCAUGGGACCUGUCCCAAAUGGCACCCUUUUCCCUUUUAUAGUGCACUACUUUAGACCGGGCCCAUAGGGCUCUGAUCAAAAGUAGUGCACUAUGUAGGGAAUAUGGUGCCAUUUGGCAGCCAUGUUGGCCUUAACGAAAGAAAUUACAUGUUUGUGUGGGAGGUGUAAUUGAGUCAUUGAGAACUAAGUUGUGUUGUUUUUAGUUCCCGGCACCACAAAGAGACAAUGUGGUGGUGUGAUCAUUAACAUUGGCUCUGGGCCUUUUCAUUUCAAAAAUGUUUUUAACCUUUAUUUAACUAGGCAAGUCAGUUAAGAACUCAUUCUUAUUUACAAUGACGGCCUACCGGGGAACAGUGGGUUCCUGCCUGGGUCAGGGGCAGACCUUGUCAACUCGGGGAUUCGAUACAGCAACCUUUUGGUUACUGGCCCAACGCUCUAACCACUAGGCUACCUGCCGCCCCUCAAGGGAGCAUUUCAGAAUCUUUCAGUGGAUUCGAGUGGCUUGUUUAACAAGGGAAAGGGGGAUACCUAGUCAGUUGUACAACUGAAAGGAGGUGGGGUUAAGAAGAAUAUGUGCCCUGUUCUAUACUGUAGACCGAUAAAAUAAACAACAGUUGUGUUUAAAAAAAGUGUGAGUAUUUAGUGAGCAUUGUAAACUUCACGUUAGUCUGGUACACUUCUUAUAGCUGUUCGUUUUGAAGCCAAAUUAGGGCCACUGGUAGUAUCUAUUCCCCACCUCCCCCUCUGACUGAGAAUAGACCUAAAAAACAAUCCUGGAUAUACUUGUUUUUGGUGUACUGUAUAAGAGUUUGCAAUGGGCAAGGCAGAGCUGAAAGAGCUGCUUGUAUGAUCUAUAUGCACUUUGAGGUCAAUUAGCAUAGACACAGGGUGAUAUGGGCCCCUUUCUGCAUUGGGGCAAAAUGGUAAAAAAAUAGUUAAAAUCAAAGGUUUGCACCGGCUUCUCUUUCUAAAUAGCGUCUCUCCGGGUAUACCUAUCUUAGACCUCUCACGCAAGCACAGUUUAUUUAUUAAAAGACAGUUGACCUAUAAUAGUAACCAUUACAAUGUUAUAGUGAUAUAUUACACUUCGUCUUUGUAAAAUUGUGAUGCUGUUGAUAUUGAGCGCAAGAAGUCUUUGAUCUCUGUUUUAUGCACGACUGAAAGAAACCGGUCUUUGUUUUUAGUUAGCAUGUCAGAUCAUCGUACAGGUGGUCAGAGUCCAUGUGAGGAUGGGACAGAAUAGACCUCAUAUAAUGAGUCUGUAGGGGCAAAGCUCUACACUGUAAAAACAAAUCUAGUUCUUUCAACUAAUUAUUAUUAUUAAGUAACUGGUUCCACAGCUGUUUUUGUGUUUACCUUUUGUGCCAAGUGGUACCUGAACCCCAACAAAUGUAAUAUACAACAAAGCAGCGCUUUUAUCAUACAAUAUUUUCAAUUGACAUAUUUGACACAAGUUGAAAUACAUGAUUUAUGUUGUGCAUGUUCAUUCAUACAGUAAUUAAUAUUCAACAUGGCCUCAGCUGGGGUUGAAAAUUACAACCUCUUGGUGCACGGAAUUGUAAUCUACCUGCUACACCACGUUGUCUGUCACAAUGACUGAUUUCACAUGUUUUGCUACAUCUUGCACUUCAAAGUAAAUCUCAGUUUGAAUCUAAAUGUACACUCAAUAAAAACCUGUAUUUAUUAUAGUGAUUAUGGAGUAACAUUAAAACAGAGUAAUAUACCGCACCAGCAUUAGACAACUAUACAGAAAAAAAUUAAAUUGCUGAAAUAAGUCAAUCAAAUCAAUGGUGAGAGAAUAGUCAGAUUAACUGACAAUUGACAUAGAUAUGGUGGUGUAGCAGGGAGAUCGGAUUGUCAUGUUCCAAGAGGUUGUGAGUUCAAAUCUCAGGUGAGGACAUAUUGAAUAAUAAUUUAUUUAUAAAUGAACAUGCAUAAUGUCAAAUAUGUACAUUGAAAACAUUGUAUGUGAAAAGUACUGUGUGUGUGUAACCAGUUGCACAGAUGUUUUUAGUUAACAUGCCCAAGUAACAAUUUAUAGUUGAAUGAACAAAUGAGAGUUGAGCCAACACAUUUUAAAUGGACAGAAUGUUUUGCCCAGGUUUUCUUUAAGUUUGGGCCAACAUUUUUUUAAAGUUCCUAUAACACUUGGACCAAAAAAGUUGAGUAAACAAAAGAACGGCUAUGGAACCAGUUACAGUUGAAGUCAGACGUUUACAUACACUUAGGUUGGAGUCAUUAAAACUAUUUUUUUAAUACCACUCCACAAAUUUCUUGUAAACAAACUAUAGUUUUGGCAAGUUGGUUAGGACAUCUACUUUGUGCAUGACACAAGUAAUUUUUCCAACAAUUGUUUACAGACAGAUUAUUUCACUUAUAAUUCACUGUAUCACAAUUCCGGUGGGUCAGAAGUUUACAUACACUAAGUUGACUGUGCCUUUAAACAGCGUGGAAAAUUCCAGAAAAUUAUGUCAUGGCUUUAGAAGGUUCUGAUAGGCUAAUUGACAUAAUUUGAGUCAAUUGGAGGUGUACCUGUGGAUGUAUUUCAAGGCCUACCUUCAAACUCAGUGCCUCUUUGCUUGACAUCAAGGGAAAAUCAAAAGAAAUCAGCCAAGACCUCAGAAGAAAUAUUGUAGACCUCCACAAGUCUGAUUCAUCCUUGGGAGCCAUUUCCAAAUGUCUGAAGGUACCACGUUCAUCUGUACAAACAAUCGUUCGCAAGUAUAAACACCACAGGACCACGCAGCCAUCAUACCGCUCAGGAAGGAGAUGUGUUCUGUCUCCUAGAGAUGAACGUACUUUUGUGCGAAAGGUGCAAAUCAAUCCCAGAACAACAGCAAAGGACCUUGUGAAGAUGCUGGAGGAAACAGGUACGAAAGUAUCUAUAUCCACAGUAAAACGAGUCCUAUAUCGACAUAACCUGAAAGGCCGCUCAGCAAGGAAAAAGCCACUGCUCCAAAACCGCCAUAAAAAAAGCCAGACUACAGUUUGCAACUGCAUUUAGGGACAAAGAUCAUAUUUUUUGGAGAAAUGUCCUCUGGUCUGAUGAAACAAAAGUAGACCUGUUUGGCCAUAAUGACCAUCGUUAUGUUUGGAGGAAAAACGGGGAGGCUUGCAAGCUGAAGAACACCAUCCCAACCGUGAAGCACAGGGGUGGGAGUAUCAUGUUGUGGGGGUGCUUUGCUGCAGGAGGGACUGAUGCACUUCACAAAAUAGAUGGCAUCAUGAGGGAGGAACAUUAUGUGGAUAUAUUGAAGCAACAUCUCAAGACAUCAGUAAGGAAGUUAAAGCUUGGUCGCAAAUGGGUCUUCCAAAUGGACAAUGACCCCAAGCAUACUUCCAAAUUUAAGGCAAAAUGGCUUAAGGACAACAAAGUCAAGGUAUUGGAGUGGCCAUCACAAAGCCCUGACCUCAAUCCUAUAGAACAUUUGUGGGCAGAACUGAAAAGGUGUGUGCGAGCAAGAAGGCCUACAAACCUGACUCAUUUACACCUGACUCAUUUACACCAACUCUGUCAGGAGGAAGGGGCCAAAAUUCACCCAACUUAUUGUGGGUAGAUUUUGACCCAAGUUAAACAAUUUAAAGGCAAUGCUAUCAAAUACUAAUUGAGUGCAUGUAAACUUCUGACCCACUGGGAAUGUGAUGAAAGAAAUAAAAGCUGAAAUGUAUCAUUCUAUACUCUUAUUCUGACAUUUCACAAUCUUAAAAUAAAGUGGUGAUCUUAACUGACCUGAGACAGGGAAUUUUUACUCGGAUUAAAUGUCAGGAAUUGUGAAAAACUGAGUUUAAAUGUAUUUGGUUAAGGUGUAUGUAAACUUCUUACUUCAACUGUCCUUAGUAAUAAUUAGUUGAAACAACUAGAUAUUUUUUUACAGAGUAGGAUUCUCUAUGAAACACAGCUAUUUUACGCCAUAAGAUGUCAUUUAAAAAAUAUAAUUUAAAGAGUCAAAAGAAAAGGAAAGCCUGAGGUGUUUGAAGUAUUAUUACAGAAUAAUAAUGUAAAGAGGAUAUGACAAAACCUGAAUUGUAGAAGUUUUGUUGAGUGUGUAUGUGUGUUUGUUUGAGUGUGUGAGCGUGUGUGUUGGGGGCCUGGGAGUGGGGUAUGCAUAUGAGUAGUCAUAUUAUUUCCUAAAAGGUGCUGUUCUUAUAGGUUUACAAUAAUUUAAAAAAAUCCUACCAUUACACAAAAUAUUACUUUGAGGACUGUGUAUCUUGAUGGACAUUGAAUCAUGGACGUUUCUGAUUGAAAGUUUGAAAUCCACAGAAAAUGCAUUUUAAUCAACCGUUUCUGUGGUGAGGGAAGCAUUACUUUAAGGCGUCUGAGAGAAUUAUGGAAUGACAUACUGUACAUGUCAGUAUAUAUAACCACAAUCCUAUAACAUUUUUUUUAUUUGAAAUGUAUUUUUAUGCUGUGUCUGUUUGUACUGACCUAUGUAAGUGAGUGUGCCGACACAUCGUGCACAUUGUCUCCAUCCUUUCCUGAUGUUGUGCUCCUUUAACUGAUUAUCUAUUUUAAAGCUUGUUGCCAUCUUGCUCAAUGUAUCGUGUAUACUCUUAGAAAAAUAGGUGCUAUCUAGAACCUGAACGAGUUCUUCAGCUGUCCCAUAGGAGAACCCUUUGAAUAACCAUUUUUGGUUCCAUGUAGGGUUCUACAUAGUACCAAAAAGUGUUCUCCUAUGGGGACAGCUGAAGAUCCCGUUGGAACCCUUUUUUCUGUACAGUAUAUGGGCCUAACUAACACAGGAUGAGAUGCUGUGCAUGAGGGGUGUGAUAUUGUCUUAAUAAUAUAAUCAUGUUUAAGAGUUGCACCAAAGCAGUGGUUUCAAACCGGAUUUGUUGCUCUCAUCAUCCACCAAUUUCUAGAAGAUUUAAUUGGAAACUUAAGCUCUGAUUAAUUCUGAAGAGACUUGUAGUGAUCUUCUCAAUCAAAUAGAUUUAUUUUCCACCAUUGCUUACCGUAACACAGUUCCGGCCUUUAAGGAAUUGUUGAGUGAAACUGAAUAGCUGCCUAUUGUUGAGUCUUCAUCUUUGGCUUCCUAUGAAUGGAUUAAGGUAUGGGACCACUGCACUAAAUGAACUCCAACCCACUAAUGAUAUGAUUAUUAUGUUUGUCUGUGUUUGAGAGCAGAGGUACAGUAUAUAUGACUGAAAAGAGUGACUGAGGUUUGGUUGGACUUCAUCUCAAAGCUGUGAUAAUUACUCUUAUGCUAACUGUUGCCUAAAGUGGACAAAACAUUUUAUACAAAAAAAUGUCAAUUAAAAGAUUUAAAAAAUA